UUGAGCUGCUGUCACAACUGUCAUGUAGGUUAUUUCCUGGUUUGUGACGUCUAUUAGCAUGUUCAGUGUCAUGUCAUUAGACUAUUGGCAUUCUCUCUCCUCUCUGCCUGCCAGUCACUAGUCCACUCUGCAGUAGAACGAGGCACGACAACACAUUAACCAGUGAACAGCCAUGCUGCUACAUAGCUUCCCUCUCACCAUCCUCCUCCUCUCCACCAUCCCUGUCACUCACCAGUGGGGGGUAGUGGGUGAUGAGUCUGGAAGGUCUGUGGCUGCUGCAGGGCCAGUGGUCCAGGGCAAGCCCUUUACCAUGGUCUGGAACAUGCCCACAGCGAGCUGCCAGGAACACUAUGGCAUCCACCUGGACCUGGGGGCCUUCGACAUCGUGGAGAACCACCACCAGCGCUUCCAGGGCCAGAACAUGAGCAUCUUCUACCACAAUCAGCUAGGGCUCUACCCUUACAUCACCCAGGAGGGUCUGCAGGUUAAUGGAGGUGUUCCCCAGAGGGGAGACCUGGAGGCCCACCUGGCCCUGGCCCAGACCCAGAUCUCAGCCCUGCUCAGGACAGGGUUCAGCGGCCUGGCCGUCAUCGACUGGGAGGAGUGGCGCCCCUUGUGGGUGAGAGACUUUGGCAUUAAGCUGGAGUACCGCCGGCUGUCUAAAAAACUAGUGAGAGGGGAGCAUCCAGAGCUAACCAAACAGGAAGUGAACUCCCUGGCCCGUAAGGAGUUUGAGAGGGGUGCCAGGGAGUUCAUGUCUGAGACGCUGCAGUUAGGAGUGUGUUUGCGACCGAGGGGACUCUGGGGCUUCUACAGCUUCCCUGAAUGCUUCAACUACCACAGGAAGCAGAAAGGCCACAGCUACACGGGUCAAUGCCACUCCAAGACCAGGCAGAAGAAUGACCAGCUAGCUUGGCUGUGGCGCCAGUCCACUGCCCUCUACCCUAGUAUCUACCUACCCAAACGUCUGGCAGGGUCCUCUGAUGCUACCCUCCUGGUCAGACAUAGGCUUCUGGAGGCCCUGAGGGUGGCGAAUCAGUACCCCACUAGCACCCAUGCAACUCCUGUACUGCCCUAUGCCAGAGUGGCAUUCGCCCACACCCUCCACUUCCUCAACAAGACGGAUCUGGAGCACACACUGGGAGAGAGUGCAGCGUUGGGGAUGGCAGGAGUGGUGCUGUGGGGGGAGCAGGCGUUCGCUAAGUCAAAGCGUCAGUGUGAGAUACUGAGGGACUACAUUCAUUCUGAACUGGGAGUGUACAUCAGCACCCUGAAGAGAGGGGUGCAGCGUUGCAGCGAGGAGCGAUGCCAUGGCAACGGUCGCUGUGCCAGAAGGGACCCCUACUCUGACCACAUGAUCCCACUCUCUGACUCCUUCUCCAACUUCCUCCCUGACCCCUCUCAUGAUCUCAGCCACCUCCGCACUAACUUCCUGUGCCAGUGCUACCAGGGCUGGGCGGGGGAGAAGUGUCAGGAAAGGAUAGCUUCAAUCACUAACACUUAGUGUCAGGAAAGGAUAGCUUCAAUCACCAACACUUAGUGUCAGGAAAGGAUAGCUUCAAUCACUAACACUUAGUGUCAGGAAAGGAUAGCUUCAAUCACUAACACUUAGUGUCAGGAAAGGAUAGCUUCAAUCACUAACACUUAGUGUCAGGAAAGGAUAGCUUCAAUCACUAACACUUAGUGUCAGGAAAGGAUAGCUUCAAUCACUAACACUUAGUGUCAGGAAAGGAUAGCUUCAAUCACUAACACUUAGUGUCAGGAAAAUAUAUAGUCUCUAUGAACCAAUAUAUAAUAUCACCUCUUUUGUUUAUUUGGUUGAUGCGCAGCAUACAGUAGCAUCAUUGCAAUUCCACCAAGUGUAUCGAAGUGAAAACUGUGGCAGUUGCUAAGGCACUUUCUCAGCGUAUUCAUUCUAUACAAUUCAGUUCCACUUGUGACAUGUUUACGUUGUGAUAGUCAGAACAAAUUUGCACUGUGUUUUGUCAGUAACAAAAUGGGUGUGACAUUUCAUCUUACAUUGUCUGUCUCAUGCGUACAUGUAAAAGCGGACCGCUUCUAAAAGUUACAGCUGUAACCUGUAUGUACAGUAUGUUUAAGUCACAGAUCACAUGGACAUCUCGAACCUGAAUCAUUUCUGUCCUCAUGCAGUUGUUCAAAUACAUUAAUUGUCAGUUGAAGAGUGUGGUCCUUUAAGCUGUGAUGUCACUAAAGAUGCUAUAAAGUGUUCAGUACCCUGCAA